CAAGAGUUACGGAGAAAGAGCUCUUAAAUGGUUGUGCCGUACAAGGAAUAUUUGCAGUGCAGUAAGAGAACUCCAUUCGUUCGCAUGAAUUUUCUGGAGUUGUUUGAAAAACGACAAAACUCACCUGCAAAGUAAAUCGAGUAAAUUAAUGAAAAGAGUAAACGUACAACUCGUCUGAGUAGUUGGUGCAUUGAAAUAAGUGUAUGAGAGUGCAAGAAAAUGCAGAGAAACAUAAAUCCCGGUUCAACCCUGCGUUCAGUGUUCCUAGAUGAGAAGCCAACAUUGGAUAUUGUGACAGCACGAAAGAGCAUCACGGAGCUCAACAAUUUCCGCAAUGGUUCACUGACUAAUGGCAUACCACCCCCUGCUGCUUUCGCUGAUGGCCUGGCUGCAUUUCAACCAGACAUCGUUUAUGAAAAUGCCAAGCCAAUUAAUAUAAUUCUACGAGCAAUGGGUGCUCUUCCGAUUUCAAAGCCACGUGGGGGUGAAAGUGAAUUCAAAUUAACAUCCAUACCAAUGAUAUAUUCCUUUAUUGUCUUAGUGGCGCUUAUGACGUAUGUGGUAUUUGUGGUAAUCAAACGGAUAGCUCUAGUCCGCAAUCUGGAGGGACGUUUUGAGGAAGCUGUAAUAGCAUAUUUGUUCCUUGUCAACUUGCUACCGGUGGUAAUAGUACCAAUGAUGUGGUACGAAUCGAGUAAGGUGGUAGGUGUUUGGAAUCGAUGGAGUGAUUUUGAGUUGCUCUACUUUAAAGUCUCCAAGAGAUCCUUGGCCAUAAAUUUGAAGACGAAAGCUCUUAUUAUUGCUAUCGUUCUACCUCUGCUUGCAUCCCUGUCUGUUGUCGUGACGCACGUGACGAUGGUACAUUUUCGUAUAUCACAAGUGAUUCCGUAUUGCUUCUUGGAUACCUUAACGUACAUGAUGGGAGCUUACUGGUAUCUAUCUUGUGAAACACUGAGUGCAGCUGCCAAUGUACUGGCUGAUGAUUUUCAGAAGGCACUGCGCCACAUUGGUCCGGCGGCAAUGGUGGCAGAGUAUAGGGCAUUGUGGCUUCGAUUGAGCAAACUUGCACGAGAUACGGGUACGGCCACUUGUUACACAUUCACCUUCAUCAACUUGUAUCUCUUCUUCAUCAUCACCCUCUCGAUCUAUGGGCUGAUGUCGCAAUUGUCUGAGGGGUUUGGAAUAAAGGAUAUUGGAUUGGCUGUUACUGCAUUCUCCAGCAUUGGGUUGUUGUUCUUUAUCUGUGACGAGGCUCACUAUGCCUCUCACAAUGUACGCACCAACUUUCAAAAGAAGCUCCUCAUGGUGGAACUCAAUUGGAUGAACAUCGACGCACAGACAGAGAUAAACAUGUUUCUGAGAGCAACGGAAAUGAAUCCCGCCAAUAUCAACUUGGGUGGCUUUUUUGACGUCAACAGGAAUCUCUUUAAGUCACUUCUCACCACAAUGGUCACAUAUUUGGUUGUCUUACUACAGUUCCAAAUUAGCAUUCCCGAUGACACCAUACCCCAGUCCACAACUGACUUCACACCAACAGAAAGCUCUAAUUAAGGGAUGUUUUUAUUGAUGUUUUAACAAUAAAGCAAAUUAAGUACCUCACAUAUCAACCUGGUUGUUAC